CAGCCACUGUACGCCGCCAAUUGCCUUGCUUGCUCAGGUGGGUGGGAACCACAACUAACCAAAAGUGGUCACCUGAAGAUGUCUGACAAUGCAGAGUCCCCAACAGAAACGCAAAAAGAAGAGUCACAACCGCCGUCAGACGAUUCGACGACAAAUGAUGAUAAGAAAAAAAUUGAUGUGCUGCUGAAGUCAGUGGGAGACACUCCUAUAAUGAAAACAAAGAAGUGGGCAGUGGACAGGGGGAGGACGAUACUGUCCCUGUCUCAGUUCAUCUCCCGCUUCCUCAAGCUUGAUGGCAGUGAACAACUGUUCAUUUAUGUUAACCAGUCUUUCGCCCCCUCACCGGAUCAAGAAGUAGGGAUCCUCUUUGAUUGUUUUGGCAGCGAUGGCAAGCUGGUUCUACAUUACUGUAAAUCUCAAGCUUGGGGUUAAACUGCUUUCUUCAACCCUAUUUCGGACCUCCCCCUUUCUUACAUUCAUGCUCCAAACAUGCACACAAAGUCGUUUUAGUUUUUGGCCUUUUGUUUUCAUUCAGUUUUUCUGUAUAUACAUAUUGUAAAUAAAUUAUUGUGACUAUGUAAA